CUUUUAAGGACAUUGUAAACCUCAAACCCAUUGUUCUCUGAAAAAAACCACAGCCUGUUUUUUCAACAAAAUCCCAUCUCAUCAUGCAAUUCCACUAGAAGAAGGAAGAAAGAAAAAAAAAAAGACCUGGAAAACUAGCUUACGAAUUAAGUCUUCUAAAAUAAUAUGAUAGAUUUACAAGAAUUCUUGUGGUGUUUCUCUUUGAUCUCUCUGCUUCUUUACUUCCUUCAAGACCUUAAAAAUUUUGGUUGCAUGGCUUUAACCCUCAAUUCCCCUCCUUCAAUUUCUUCUUUGCCGUCUUAUCUGUCUUGGGUUGACCAGCUUUUUCUAGCUUCUGAUAAUCAAAGUAGUGAGGAUUCCAACAGCCGGCCUGUUUACGAGCAUGAAGAAUGUCCUCCUACCAAAUUGGCACGUACAAUAAGCCAAGAAGAGAGUAUGAGGCAAUUAGAAGACAACUCUGGCAUGUUGACUACGACUGAUACAGUAAACAAGAAGGAGAAAAAUCAAGAAAAUGAAUACCGAGAAACUGAUAUAAAGGCUCGUCUGAAUGAUAAUCACCCCGAAGAGAAUGAAGGAUUUUGUUCUUCGGGGAUUAAAAAGGUUGCUGACGAGGUUAAAGUAGCUCCCAAGUUACGAAAGAGGCCGUCGAGGCUGGUUUUGCCGGAAUUCAGUCCUGGAUUGGAAGUUUGUGAUAAGGAUAGGAAAUUGGAGAACAAAGAGUAUUUUGAGGUUGAAGGAAGAGAUUUCUUUCUGGCAGGAAAGCAAGGGAGGAGAGUGUCCAUGGAAGAUGGACAUGGAGUUUUGGUUGACAUUGAGGGAGACCCAAAGCAGGCAUUUUUUGUUGUAAUUGAUGGGCAUGGAGGUCGUGCAGCAACUGAUUAUGUUGCUGAAAAUCUUGGAAAGAACAUUGUGAAAGCAAUUGAACAUGUCGGUGGGAAAGACGACGAACUAGAACAGGCUAUUCGUGGAGGAUAUUUACUUACAGACCAAGAGUUCCUUAAUCAGGGGGUGAGCAGUGGAGCUUGUGCAGCGAGUGUGCUGUUGAAAGAAGGAGAAUUACAUGUAGCAAAUGUAGGAGACUGUAAAGUAGUUAUGAGUAGAAAUGGAGAAGCUGAUGCAUUAACAAGUGACCACCGUUUGACUAGGGAAGAUGAGCGUCUCCGGAUUGAGAACUCUGGUGGUUUUGUGCAUUGUCGCAAUGGAGUUUGGAGAGUUCAUGGGUCGCUUGCUGUUUCUAGAGCUAUUGGGGAUCAACAUCUAAAACAAUGGGUCAUUUCUGAACCGGAAAUCAAAAAGCUUCAAUUAACUUCUGACUGCCAAUUCUUGAUAGUUGCUUCUGAUGGACUGUGGGAUAAGGUAGAUGAGCAGGAAGCAGUUGAUGUGGUUCUAAGGGACAAUUCAGUGAACUCUUGCAAAAAGCUUAUAGAUAUGUCUACAAGCAGAGGGAACAUGGAUGAUGUUACCGUUAUGGUGAUCAACCUACAGAGUUUUUACCGUGGCAAGCGGUAACCCGGUGAUUCCAGAUGUCUAAACGGGAACAAUUUGGAUUUCCAUUUUCAUCUUUAAUGUAAAUAAACUAUUUUUUAGUUAUGGUAGCAUGAAUAUACAGUUUUGUUUAGAACCAAUAUUUAAAUCUACAUGGAAAUUAAAGUUGUACAUGCUUUAUUAUCCAUACUUUUCUGCAUUUAUUUGUUUCAGUUUAUAGUUUUUGUAAGUUAUAUUGAUUGGAUUAAAUUACAAAAUAUGGUCUCGGAAUAAGAUGACUAUAUUGUU